CUGCACACGAUUUACGGAUUUCCUUUAAUAUAAAAAGGUUGGCACUGAACCAUCCCGACAUACUCAAAAUAUCUUAACAAACAGUUCCACGUCGAUUUAGUAGGAGAUAUAUCGCGUCUAGGAUGUCUGACGGUGCCGCCAUCUGCUCAUUGGAAGAAUGUAAAAACCAAACAUGCUGCGAUACUACCGGCUGCAAAUGUGAUGGAACAUGCCAAUGUCCAAAGUGUGGAGUUAAAUGCAAAUGUUCUGGUUCAUGUACUUGCGGCAUAGGGUGCACAGGAGUUUCCGAUUGCAAGUGUGCUGUUGGCACCUGUGGCUGCAGACCGACAAACUCCGCUAAACCUUAGCCAGAGGACCAUUGUCAUCAUUCAGUGUUAACUUGUUGUCAUUCCGUCAUUUUGUGAACAGUGUUCGUGUUCUAAUCAACAUUUCACUUCAUCUUAUAAACUUUUAAUGUCCCGUAAAAAUGACCAAAAUUGUAUUGCCGAAUCUCCGGAAUUUGUUGUAAAUAUUUGAUUUGUUAUUAUUUAAUAAACUUAUUAAAGUAU